AGGAGCCUGACAAGUGGAUGGAGAGAGACGUGGAGAGGUAUAAAACAUGGGAUGCCACCUACUAUAGACCAGCGUGUCCCCAGCCUAAGAACAUUGUCCUGCAACAACACCUGCCUCACCACACCAAUACCAGUGAGGACUGUCUCUACAUGAAUAUCUUCACACCAAAUAUCACAUAUUACCCGUAUUAUGGCAAGAGAUGGCCAGUGCUAGUAUAUAUCCAUGGAGGAGAAUUCACACACGGCUCAGCACAGAUGUAUCCUGGGACAGUUCUUGCGCAGAGACAAGUCGUUCUUGUAACGUUUAACUACAGGCUGGGUCCAUUAGGUUUUCUAUCUACUGAGGAUGCAAAAGCCAGGGGGAAUUAUGGGAUGUUGGAUCAAGUUCGGGCUCUGGAGUUCAUUAGAGAAAACAUCUGGUAUUUCUAUGGAGACCCCAAUAAUGUCAUGAUAUUUGGGCAUGAUGCAGGCGCAGUCAGUGUAGGGCUCCAUCUGGUGUCAGAUAAGUCGAGAGGAAGAAAACUCUUCACCAAGGCGGCUGCAGCUGGAGGAGCAGACAUGGUGGAGUGGGGGGUGAUAGAGCCCAAGUAUCGCCCCAGGGAGUAUGCCUAUGAGCUGGGGUACCGCCUGGGGUGUCCCGUGGACCACAAUGAUCACCACUCUCUGAUCCAGUGCCUCAGGUACACCAAGAGCUGGGAGGAGAUUACCCUGGCUGGCCUCAAUAUUUCUAAGAGGGAAUGGCUGCCUGCAGGCCCCUGGGCCCCUGUAGUGGAUGGCUAUGAUGGCUUCCUCACUGAUACCCCACGAAACCUCAGAGAGAGAGGUGCAGUUGCACCAGUCAUGUUUUUGGCAGGGCUGUGUUUGAAUGAGGGAUCAUAUUUGAUACCCAACAUCUCUCCCACCAUGGGGAAAGGCAUCACAGAGACAGAGUUUGACAUGGCGGUCGACGACUUUCUGGCGAGACGAAGAAUCUGGGACAUUGAGAGGGCGAGGGAAGCAGUGAGGUUUGAAUAUACGUACUGGACAAACCCAGACAACGCCACUGCAAGGACACAGGAGUUGAUGCAUUUAUAUGGUGAUCUCAAGUAUGGCGCUGGACUGGACUACACUUUGAAGAACGCCUCCAACUUAAAUAGGACGUAUUUCUACGUGUUCCAGUACAGGUCAGAAAUGGAGACAGAGCCUGGAUGGAGAGGUAUCCCCCAUGGUGCUGACAUCCCAUAUAUCUUUGGUUUUCCCCACAUGAACUACACUUUCGCCAAUGUCAGUAGCAUCAAGAUUAAUAAACUAUAUGACGGCUACUUGGACAGAAAUAUGAGUGACUUCAUGAUCACUGUGUAUACGGAGUUUGCCAGAAGAGGCAACACGACACCUGAUCUCCCAGAGGAAGGUGACAUACGCCGCGACCACCUGCGUAAUAUCACCUGGCUCCCUGUUAACCCGUACAAUCUCACCUUCCUCGUGAUUGACGAGUACCCCUAUCACGAUGUGAUGUAUAGGCAGGACGAGUUUGCCUUCUGGAUGUAUAGGUUUUCAGAGGUUGUGGAUCUUAUUCCAGUGUUCACCACGCCCUGGCCAACCCCCGCUGCCUUCAGGGACUUCCAGAUAGCCACCUGGGGACUGGUGGUCUUUGGGAUCCUCGCCACGCUGAUCAUUGCCUGCCUUGCUGUGGCACUGAUUCGAGCCAGAAGUAAAUAUGUAUAGUGAAUGUGGAUAUGUCUUGUUGUCAGCCAUGCAAUGUGAUGUGAUGGGAUGUGAGGCCCUUCAAUCUUCUGGAAUUAUCAUCAUAAUUUUUUCUUAUUAUUUUAAUAUCAUGGGAACAUUUUUCUUUUUGUUGAAAAACUUUGGCAAAUUUGUAUAAUAAAAUUUAAGGCACUUUCUUUUUUUUUUUUUUAAUUUGAGGCACUUUUUUUUUAAAUUUAACACUUUAACAAUGCCUUAAGUUAAAUAUUUUAAAAAAAUCUCUCAUUGUUCACUCUUGUACCUAUAACUUAGGUAUUUUUUUUGUACUUGUGACGAAAAUAUUUGAACAAUUUGGAAGUCGGGAUUUCUUAGUUUCUCUGCCAGAAACCUCAUUGUUGAAUAUUUAUGAUAUUUUUUUAUUAUGAUGGUUUGACUCAAGUUUUUGAACUGCUUGAUUGUACCUACUUUAUGCACAUAGUUUGUAAGUAUUUUUUAUAUAUAGUGUUGAACUUCUCAUUACAUUUCCACAAAGUGUGGAAUUGGAAGGUGAUAUAUAGGAGAGUUCAGGUGUGCUUAUGAUAUAUUGAAAACAUUCAAGUUGGUUGUGUCAACCUUUUACUGUCAUCAAGAUACAUAUUUAUUAUAUAUUGCACCAAUUCUUGGAU